AUGAACAUUAUUGACUGGAGUAGUUGUGGCGUCGUUGCUGUGGCAUUAUCAUGCACGUUAUAUUUGUGGAACGCUGAUAGUGGAGAAAUUCAGGUUUUGUUUGAACUUGACGAAGCUAAUGAAAUGAACCUGAUCACCUCCGUAAAAUGGUCACUAGACGGGAAAUUCCUUGCUGUUGGGUUCAAAGAUGGUUCUCUAAAGUUGUAUGAUCCGCAUCGUGUACCUCCGCCAGGAGGGAAGCUGGAGUUGCGAACAAUGAAACCGCCGCGACAGUCUCGGAACGGUGUACUGGGAUGGCGAGGCGCAGUCAUUUCAGCUGGAUACCAGUCUGGACAAAUCAUCCAUCAUGACGUUCGCAUACCAAAUCAUAUUACUGGGAUAUGGGAAGGUCAUGAAAGGGAGGUUGUUGGCCUGCAUUGGUCGCAUAAUCAAACGAAAUUAGCUUCGGGUAGCGGAGACAAUACAGUUCGUGUAUGGGACGACAGCCGCCUUGGAAGUAGCUCUUCGGAGAGCCUAUUCGUCCUUGACGAGCAUGUCGGAUCCGUUCGUGCUGUCCAAUUUUGCAAUUUCAAGUCCAGUCUUCUAGCCACUGGUGGAGGCAUGCAGUGUAAAACCAUAAAGCUGUGGAAUGUCAACAGCGGGCAGUUACUGAAAAGCAUUGACACGGGGUCUGCUGUAAACGGCAUCGUGUUCAAUAGUGACUAUAAAGAGAUGAUGUCAGCUCACGCUUGUGGUAAACUUGUUAUAUGGAAACAUCCUAACUACACAGAGAUCGCGAAGUUAUCAGGCCAUACGCCGGAACGUGCGAUCUCGAUAGUUCAAUCUCCAUGUGGUCAAUUCGUCAUGACUGCAGGUGGCGAUGAGGCUCUUCGGACGUGGCACCCCUUCAAGGCACGUCGACAAGAGUACCCAUCAAUUGCAGCAGCGCAGCAAGAUGUUCAGCUCAAUGACUAUUCGAUAACAACUUGA